AUGGCCUUGAAGAGGAAUGCAAGUAAAUACGGCGUCUCAUCGACGCAUGCUGAUGAAGAUACCCUGCCUACAGAAACCCAAACGAGCUUCUUCCAAAAGGGCCGUGAAUUCGAAAGUCGCUAUGUAAAUCAUCAUUACACGGAAGAGGAGAGAGAAAAGCUCGGAACGUUCGAGAGUGUGGACUAUCUGCCGCCGCACAGUGCUGUUUACAAGGUCUGUUGACUAUCUAUAAAGUAAAUCUUGCUGCACCCACGGACCUAAAGGUCCUGGAUAACUUGUAAUUAUUAAUUUAACCUGAGGCAUAAUAUUAAUUAAGCCAGGAGUGUCAUUAUGAUGCUCAAUUAAUUGAGAUUAUUUGCGCCUUGCGGGCUACUAUUCAUUUUAGGCUUUGCCUACUUAAGCAACUUUUUCCGUGAAACGUUACCCUGUACCGUUGAGGAGGGUAGUAAAGGGGGGUUCUUGGUGCCGUUGCAGGUACAAAUUUGGACAAAUUUCACGUAUCACGUGGGUUAUAAACCAAUUUUCACGAACCACGAAUCUCACCUGUUAAUCAAAGGGGCUAACAACCAAAACAUAUUCAUCAUGGAUCCCAGUUGGCAUUUUAUUUGACGAUUGCAGUUUCUCCCCGCUUCUCCUCUCAUUAUCGUAGUUGGUGGGGCACUCACCAAUCGCAGAUGUGGGGAACUUGUGUUUCCAGGCAUGAAAACACAUCAACGUCCCCGAUGCGAUUUCUUUUUACCCCCUAGUGACUGAUACCUGUGUAGCAGGUGCAGGUUAGUUUUUUGGUUAGUUUUACUCCUUUCUCCCCUCGAGCAAGCGCGUGCGUGUCCUCCAAAUUUCUCUCUUCGCUUCACCCUGACAAAACUGGUGUCUUCUGUGCAGGCUUCAGUGACUGUCACCUUCGGAGCCUUUCGUUAGGGUAAUUCAUUCAGUUUAACAUGAAAACAAAGCAACAUGAGAAUUGCUCAAGGAAACAAAUUAAUCCCAAGGGUCACAGUCACGUGGCUUUUUAGCAUCUGGUCUAUUAACCAAGAGAAAAAAGUAACACAAAGAAUCAAACCAACAGCCCUGUUCAAUCUAUCUGUCCUUUCUUAUUGAUUUUCACGAAAUGCGACAAAUAAUUCACAAGUCCUGGACAUCUUAUAAGACAAAUCACGCUUCUCGUGCAUAACUGGUUUCAAGGAUCACGUUCCUAUCUUGGGAACUUUCACGCAUCACGCACUAAAUUUGGGCCUAAUCAGGCGUCACGCAUGAACCCUUUGCUACCCUCAUUGAGAAACAGGUACCAUUCUUUUAAUUUACAAACAAUAUAUUUGGAGUGGGGGGAGGGGUAGAUGAAGGGAGAAAAUAUAUAGUUAACAUGUUGCCGCAAAUGCUCAAAUUGGCGGCCCCUUCAAAUGAGCACCCUCUUUGAAUUAGUGUUUCUGGUUAGGCUAAAAAAUUAGAUAGGGACUUCCCAUCAAGUAUCAUGUAAGUGUCCCCCAUCUGCCACCCCACCUUCUAACUGGUAUAAUCAUCGUAUACAAGGAUGUUACAUUUCAAUAAUUUCAAUAGUCUAUUAAAAUAGAUCGUUGUCAAUAAAUGUCGAUUCUAAUCAAUUGACAGAUAUUGGAGAUCGAUAAAAGUGUGUCAUAAAAUUUUUUGUGAUUAUCGAUUUCAAUCAAAAUUGGUGUUAGGCUAGAGUUCAAUUUUUAUCUGAAAACUAUUGGUAGAUAAAAAGGAUCCGAAGCAACAGUGUCAAUAUCUGUUAGCAUCCUUGCGAAAAGUUUUGCGCCAUAUUAAAUAUUGGACGAAGGACUUUUUUGAAAGUCUACUUGAGCUUUUGCAACAUUUGUUCGAACAGUUUAAUAAUAUGAUCGAUUUGAAAAUGAGUAUUAUCCGUGUGUGUUCGAAGAAUUGAAACGUCCAAAUCCAGGUGUCUAAUCCUUCUCCUUAUGCUGCAUUCAUAUAAAGUUUGUGUAAAUCGUCAACAGAUAUUCUCAGAAAAGUUCCAGAUGUUUAUUGAAAUUGAUUACCUGCUCUAAUAUCAUUUGAUUAUCAACUUUUAUCGUCAAAUAUAACUAAUCAAUUGACAAUUAUUGAAAAAUAUCAUGCAUCAUCAACUUAUCAACUAGCUCUCUGAUGAUUGAUUUCAAUUGACAUAUACAUGUAACAUCCUAGGUAUAUAGUAGGUACCGGUAGAUCUUCAAUGAAUAUAGCAUAACAUCUACAAUCACUAAAGAAUGACCCAUUUGAGGAGAUCAUGCAGUCAGAUGUUUAAGAUGCGGAUCCACUGACAAUAGUGCUGAGGAUAGCAGGCAACACAACUUUCAACAUGAUGUUUAUUUAUAACUCCAUUACACACACAGAUUAUUUAAUUUUAUACGAUAUAAAAGAUACCUUCUGAUUCCCUGUUUACUGUUACAGUUUCAUUCAUUUGAAUUAAUAACAAUGUAAUCUUGAAGCCAAAAUACCAAAAUCAUCUUUUUGCCUUUUCUUCUUUUAUUUAACCAUGGUUGUGUCACUAUUCUACAAAAUUACAAAAUCACUAUAAAGCUAUGGGGUAGAGAUGUUACUAGCACAAAGCAUUGCCAUUUUAUUUAAUCAGUAUCAAAAAGUAGAAGAUGUAAUUCCACACAUUUACAACUUACAGUAACAUUUUUUGUAAAUGCUUUAUUUUAGAACUGGCUAAAACAGCAGCCAUCACGUCUGGACUGGGAUCGCUGGGUUAUGAUGGGAAUGAUUGGCUUCUCUGUUGGAUUCAUUGGAUUUCUGAUGCAUCAACUGAUUGAUGUUAUAGCAGAGUAAGAACAGAGGCUAUACAGAUUUUUUUACAUUACAGUUUACUUAAAUUUGUCUCAAUCUUAGCUUUCCUUCUCUGAACAACUCACCUUUUUUAUUGGCACAGUAGCUGUCCAGGGGGGACUCCCAUAUAAAAGUGACUGGGAUGCUUGUUUUAAACUUAAACCCCUAAGAGAAAAAAUGUGGGUGUGGCUCAAGCUUAAACUGACCCAAAAUGGAGACCAUACUAAAACAAACAUCUAAAUAAGAGCUGAGAAAAAGAGGAAAAUAAGAGGGAUAUAUCGUGUUCUUUUUUAAACUAAAGAUUUCUGUGUGGUCAGUGCAGGGCUCAAAAUUAAAAAAAAUUUCUGGUCGCAAAUUUGCGACUAGUUACGAAAAUUUGGUCGCAACUUUGAAAAUGGUAGUCGCGAAAUUAAUUAAGGCCAUUUGAUCAAGAAAUAAGUAGGCUUUUAAAUGAUUAACGCUUUAAUUUUCAUUCUUUCAACAGCUUUCAUGUCAUUUCGAGACUUAAUAGUACAGAACGUUUAGCGUCUCGGACAACACCAGUUCAUCUAAACUAUCAAGUUGAACCUGCGUUAAGGCACAUAAAUUAGUGUCUGUUAUUUUAGUCAAAGCGAUAGAUUUCCAAAUCGUGAACAGAUAUUACAGCAGGAAACUGCAGUUCUUAAAUGCCUCCAAUCUCUGCAAAAUAGCAAUAACAUUUGUACUGGGUGGACAUCCGACAUGGUUAUGGUUACGUUACAUAACUAAAUUCCUUUAGUUUUACCUUUUGUAGGUUUUCCACCGAUGACAAAACAAGUAACGAAUUCUUUUAUAUAUUAAGCUUUACAUCUGAAGUAUCAGGGGUGUUACUACAGUGAUUAUUCAAAGAACCCUGAAGGACUGAAUCAUUCAAUACGACGAGACAUUCUGCCAUCUUUGUUUGCUAAACCUCGUUUUCAUGUAUACGUAGAUUCGCAACCCACUUGGAACCGAUUUAUUUUACAUGUAAAUCUUUUUUUUUAAACUAAAACCGCUCGGUCGAUUUCUUCGUUUAAAAUGUGACCUUUGAAACAAUUUAAGUCGCUUUCAUCCGACAUAAUUGACUCACUAAAGAAGAACACAUGUGUACUGUGAGGGCCGUAACGCGGGUCAUAAAUGCGGGAAAAGUCCUCAGCAUGCUGGCGGGACUGUCAGCGGCAAAUCAAAACGGAAUAUGAGCCUGCAAUGUACAUGUUUACAGAACCCGCUGAAAAUGGCGUGCUGUUGAAGGAAUAUCGUUGGGUGUAUGCAUUCCAGGUAAAUUACGGUAAACCUCCAGAUUGUAACAAAAUUAUAAGACGCUACUUCAAUGAAUCUUGUUAUGUCUAAAUUUAUUUAAGCAAAAAUUCAAGUGCUAGUCCUUUUAUUUCGUAUCAGUUAAGGCAAAAACUAGUCGCAAAUUUGCGACUACUCUCGUUUUUCUGGUAGCAAAUAAGAAAAAUUAAGUCGCAAAUGCAACCGUAUCGGUCGCAAUUUCGAACCCUGCAGUGUCACAACACUUUUUCUCUAUGCACAACUCUAAGUGAUACCUGAAUGGGAAAAUAUAGUGACUUUCUGUCCCAAACACUCUAUUAAGUGAGACCAAAAUCUACAAUUUAUUUACAUGUACACCCCUAAGCAAGAUGACGAGCAUCACCGCCACUUUUAUAUGAGAGUCCAUCCCCCCUACCCCCCAGGAGUAUCUUGCAUGGGAUCAACUUCUCAACUUUGUAUAAUCUUUUCUAGGGACCAAAAAACUGUUACUUGCAAUUGUUUUUUCCUUUUACAUUUAAGGUCAAUAAAUUAUUGAAGUUGUAGAAGUUUUAAAGGCAAAUACAACUAGACCUAUUAAAAACAAAACAAAAUGGAAUGGUUUGUUAGCUAGGACCCUAACUAAUUUUCUUUAGGUCUGAAAAAUUAUCAGGACUAUUGAGAAGCAGGGCCCAAAUCAUUAUUAUCUUUCUGCAUUUUCUAUAAAGGUUCAAGGCUGUGCUCUAAGAAAAAUUGAAGGGAGCCCAGUGCUCUGAGCCUGUGAAAUCGAGGGUGCCCAGCAAUGAUAUGAUUUUUCUGAAAACGCCUGUCACCCAAGAGCAGUAGUAAGGUGCCAGGGCCUGCUGGUUGCUGCUGGAGCAAUUACAAAACAAUAUUUUAUUCAGAAACAUUGCACAGUGCAGAAACAUUGUUCCUUUUUCAACAGAGUGAAGUGGGAUAAAGCUUCUGACUUUAUAAAGGUACCAUUAAGAGCUAACUUGUUUAUAAUGUUUUUCUUAAUAAAUAUAAAUAACUGACAUCUAAGCUGUCCUUGGGAUGAGUGAAGAGCACAUAGUAGGUUAGCCCUGGCACAAGGCGGUGGCAUUCGUUGGAGUGGAGGAGGUGGUUGGCAGGUGGAAUGUAACACUAGCAGAACAAAGGGAUUCACUAACUGGAUGCUAUCCCAUAUAACAAAAAAACAGAAAGAACACAAAAGUAUAAACAUACAGCUAUUCCUGUACUGGGAAACUUCAACUUUCCUGCUGUAUGUAGGUUGAACAAUGUCCUUAAAUUCUUUUUAAGUACCAGCUACUUCUACACCUAAAUAGUGGUGCCAUUAUGAGGUUCCCUACAGCUAACUGAACUGUGACCCUCGACCGUAGUUAAACGUGACUCUCUGGUACUAUGUACAUUCUUUAUUUCACAACUAUAUCUUGAAGUGGAGUAAAGUUUUGUGUUGACCAAAGGAGUGAAUACAAUCAAAUUUUCAGAAUCAGACACCUGUAUUUAACAGCAAUCAGAGAGCCAUAGUGAAUCUGGAGUAUUGCGUUACAUAUUCCUUUUCUAUUCUUAACUUUUUUUAGGAUAGGGACUUUGGCUUGGCUUGGAUAUGGGUCAUUGGAUAUAGUGUUCUUUUUGUCUUGGCAAGUUCUAUUCCAGUUGUGGUAAGUGCCAACUUGUUUGUCUAAAUUUCUAAUUUUGACCCUAUUUGACAAGUUGCACAAUAAGAAGAUUUUUAAAACCCCUGAAUGAUCCCUUAAUUCACAAAAGCAGUACAAGUGCAAGACUAAUGCAUGAUGACAGAAACAUUAUUUCAUAAGUUAUGGUCAGAUCAGUUUUAUUCAUAAUGUUAUCAAUUAAAAUAGACAAUAUAGAUCUGCUAUAAACCCAAUUGUUUCAAAAAUUUAUUUCUCAAGUAAUAAAGAAUUUCCCAAAAUAAAAAUUACAGAAGUCUAUCAAGUGAGACCUGAGCUUUCAGAAAAUUGAUAUCCAAGGUGUCAAUUUUCACAUGUAGGGUGUGAUUUCUGAUUUAUAUCACAGGCUCAAAAGAUCCAGAAUUGCAGAUUUAUUGCUUUCCUAGGAUUAAAAAAUAAAUUGGAACUGACUUGUACUUAGAUUGUUAAUUUACCUUAAAUUUCCGGCGUUGCAUUUUUCCUUGAAAUACUCUUGUAUGUAGGUGGAAUUUUUUUGUGAUGCCCUUUAACUUCAGGCCGUGGUUUUCCCUUUAACUUUGUGUGAGUAAACCUGGCAUUUCUUCCAGUGCGGUAUUAUAAAUCCCCAUAUUUUUACAUCAAUUUGUUAUUGCAGUGCAGUCUAACACAGCCGCAAAAUUGCACUUAAUGUCUCUGCUCCUUUAUGAUGCAUGUUAAACGCGAAGUGACUUAAUUAUAAAACAAAUAAUGACAAGUUGGCGAUAAUGGGGGAGCACUGCCUUGCGCUAGGUUAGCCUGUGCGACUUCCGGCGAUGGCGUGACCAAAGAACCUCACUUAUCUCCCCCGCACUAUGAGCUGAAUGCAAUACAGCACGUGCUGGAUCAGACAAGAGUAUUGGUUUGCAGGUGAUAUUAAACGGCAAAUGCGGCCAACAAGCUUGGGGGAAGUCGCUGCGUAGACAAAAAAUGGUCAAGAGCGUAGUGCCAGAAAUGGAGAGAUCCCCUGUUCACGAGAAUGAACUAUAUUAAAAAAUUACUCAACUCUUAACUACGAAUUUUUCAACUUAACUGAAUUCAAAUUCACAAAAAACUACCAAGCGAAUUCAAAAACUAUUAAUCGACAAUUGUCUUUCUGUCCAAGUCCUUCCAAGUUAUAAACUGUUCUGACUUACAUUUUUAACACUAGAUUUUUUAAUCUCGGUCCAUGCAAAUUUUCUUCACACUUCAUCCAAUCAGGGCUCGAAUGAGUCCCUUAACGCACGAAUGUCUUUCACCACCAUCGCUAGUUCAUUAGUCCUUUUGUCCAUCCCCUAUGACAAACUGGAUAUUCAGGGAUAGGUAAAACCGACCGAAGGAUGCGUGAUGGCCGGUCCGCAGUAAAGCAGGGUAUUAAAAGAGAGUUUCUCAAUCAACUCCGACGUGAAUCUUCGUAAAGCGUCCACUAAAGCCAGAACCAUCUAACGUUUAGCACGUGUACGGGGUGGAGGAAAGGUGCAAAUGGAUUUCGCGAUGCGACUGAAGGACAAACUGCCAACAAAUGACAGCUAAGCCAGUUAAGUGGAAGACAGAAUCAAUCCAAGAGGACUUGUAAACAGGAAUUGUAAACAGCUUGCCUGAAUCUUCCUAAUCAAAUAAGUGAAAUGUCUGCCAUUUUCAUUCUCACUACCAAAACAACUCAACCUCAUCCCCAGGUCUUCUCGGUUAAUAGUUCAAUAAUCUACAACUUUGCUGCACUUUUGACGUCAUCAGUUCAAUAUGGCACAAUUUGUCCAAAUUUGGUGGACAAUUACAGCUAUUUAUGAUGAAUAAUAUUAUUUAUGUGUGGGAUUUUAGCCAAUCAGAAAUGGAGAAAUAUUUUGAAUGAAUAAUAAACAAUUUUAUAAGCAUGAUCAAUUUUGAACUUUAUAGGAGUUCUAGUACGGUAAUUUACAUUCACAUUAAUAAUGCCUAGGAUUUGUUUUCAGUGCAGCUUGCAAUCCUGGAUAUAUAUCUCUUCAAAUUACCGUGGGUAACAAAAAAAGUAAUACAUCCUGUUUUUUGAUUGUCGUUUUUUAGUAUUUCCGUCCUUCUGCUGGAGGGUCAGGUAUACCUGAGUUAAUUGGGUUCUUGAAUGGUACAGUGGUGAGACAUAUUUUCAACUUCAAGACAAUGCUUGUCAAGUUCUUCUCCUGUGUAUGUGCAGUUGGUGCAGGCCUUCCUAUUGGUCCAGAAGGCCCUAUGAUUCACUUGGGGUAUGUAAAUCAAAGAAAUCUAGGACAGCUACAUUUUGUGUAAUCCAAAAAUUAAUAUUCCACAAAUUCAACCAGUUAAGUAAUAUUAUAGAAAUAUUGAAUGGUACAGCUAAAAGAAUUGGGUCUUGUCUCUGACAGUGUGUCUCUGUAUUGUUUCUUUUUAUCCCAGAAUUAAUAAUGUUUUCCUGUAUAUUGGUCCCCAAUUGUUAAACAAUCAGGUCUCAGCAGCUGGGGGAGCUUUAGAUUGUACCAUCUUACCAUCCCUAAAAUUGUAACCUCCUUGUUAUUUUCUAUUAAACCUUAACACCCCACUGUUUCGAAUAAAAGCAAAUGUACAGGCAGAUGUCUAAACAGUUCCAAUGCUGGACCUGUAUCCUUUCCCUAAAUCUGUUUUCAUUGACACUAAUAAUUACUCUUCAAGUGCAUAUAUGUACUGUGUAACCCAUGGAGAUAUGUUCUUUUAUUUAAACCAUCUUGUACAUUUGGCAUUUUCAUGUGGGUAUAUCAUGACUCGCUCACAGUUUAUGUUUGUUUGCAGGAGUUUGGUUGGUGCAGGCCUGAGCCAGUUCAAAUCGCACACCCUUAAAUUUCAAUUGCCAUUCUUUGAAAGAUUUCGGAACACAGAAGAUAGGUAAGGGGCUGCUGCACACCUGUGAAAUAGUUAAAUCGUGACAUUUGAACGUGUAUUUCGUUACCUUUCAUGUAAUUCGUUACCUGGUCAGCGGUCAUUUAUGUAAUGCUUACGUCACAAGAACAGAACCUUUUUCUGCCUCGCUCUCGUUACUUUAUGACCGCCAUGUUGUGUUAAUGUUGUCUGAAAUAUACAUGUAACUACAUUGAGUUCUCUGUCGUAUUUACUGCUUCCCCACAUUUUUGGUGCCGAGACCAGGAUGGAAGAGUUACCGAAACUGCUAGCGUCAAGAAGAGCUCACAAAGCACAUUUAACCAAACUAAGACAGAAAAUCGAUGACACUGCAGAAGGAACAAUAGCCGACAACGGAAUUGUACUACUCAAGUCUCUCGUGGAGCAGUUAAAGCAAAAGAGACAAACCCUCAAGGAACUUAACGAUAAGAUAGCAGUUUUACUGGAAACUCCUGAGGAACUCGAAGCAGAAAUACUCGAUGCAGAGGAACUAGACAGCCUUAUCGUGGAGAAGGUUUGCCUCACCGACAAUUUAAUUGAGCUCGCCAAAAGAAACCUCGACCAGUACGUGUUGUCUCACAAUCCCGGAAUAUCAGUACUCCGUCAAGUUCACCGCAAAAGGGACAAACAAAUCAGCAACCCAUUCCAUCUACGUCGCAAACGGAACAAGAAAAUCAACAAUCCAAUUCCCCACCUUCGACUGGAACGUCAGGUAGCGAUUUUCAAAGUAACACAGCCGCUUCAGCAGAGAAUCCCCCAAUUACACCACCGAUUACUCCGAUUACACCACCGCCGGUGAGUACAUUCCAAACUAAUCGUUUACCUAAACUUGUACUGCCAUCGUUUAAUGGGAACCCGCUUGAAUGGCAAUCGUUUUGGGACGCUUUUCAGUCUGCAGUACACGAUAACUCUUCGAUCAGUGAUGUCCAAAAGUUCAAUUAUUUGAGAGCACAGUUACGCGACGGAGCUGAAAGAGUCAUUGCCGGGUUGCCAUUAACCAGUGCCAAUUACGCUAAGAGCAUCCAGUUAUUGAAAGAUAGAUUCGCUCAACCCCACAAGAUUAUCAAUGCACACAUGGAGGCACUGCUCAACCUUCCAUCACCCACUGAUCAUUUAAGUAGUUUGAGGCUUUUCUAUGACUCAGUUGAAACACACAUCAGGGGACUUGAGUCACUAGGGAAGAAAACAGAAACGUAUGGAGAUAUUCUUGUUCCCAUCAUUCAGAAGAAGUUACCUAAUGGAAUUAAGAGGAAUCUAGCAAGGCAAAAUGGAAACAAGGAGUGGCAGCUUGACAACUUACGUAAGGCAAUCUUGAACGAAAUUGAAAUCUUAGAAGCAGGUCAGAACAGUUCUAGCGAUUAUGAACUCAGUAGCAACUCAACAACUGCUGCUACUGCUGCAUUUCUCACGACUUCAAAGCCACCUACACCUGUUCUCCCUCCUCCCACUGAUCGGCGCCCUACCAAGCGAACAUGCCUUUUCUGUAAGGGCGAACACAGUUCAAAUGAUUGUAAUGUUGUAACAGACAAGGGAAGGAGAUACUCCAUUGUACGUGAUGCAAGGGUAUGCUUUAACUGUCUUAAUCGUCAUUCAGUAUCUAAAUGCAAGUCACGGAACAGAUGUAAGGUGUGCCAUCGAAAAGCAUCAUACCAGUCUUUGCCAAAAUGCAGAAUCAACUCCCCUAGUGUCAUCCACUGAACCGCCAACUACAAACAAGGCUCAAUGUACACCCACCACAGACAAGACUACAGCACCUUCAGUCUCAUCCUACCACAUUGGUGAUACUAGCAGACACACCCCGUUCUACUGAAAACAGCCGUUGCUUCUGUUGGUAGUCACAACAAACACAUCAGUGCACACAUUUUAUUUGAUGAAGGGUCUCAACGCCCUUCAUUACUUCAGAUGUAGCGACCAAACUUGAUCUGAAACCAGAAAUGCAAGAGACCAUAUCCCUGUCAACCUUUGGUGGGAACACAUCAUCCGUUAAACGCAUUGACACUGCCACCGUUUUUGUUGAAACCGCUCAAGAGGAGAACAUUCCCAUUCGGCGUGAUCAUUGUACCAACAAUAGCUGCCCCCUCACUACUUACACUGGUGCCAAUGUAAGGAACUACCACACUUAAAGGGACUGUCAUUAGCACAAAACGUUGAUGAUUCACCUUUCACAGUUGAUAUUCUAAUCGGUGCAGAUCAUUAUUGGGACAUAGUGGAAAACGGUUGUCAAGGGUCCAGGUCCCACAGCAGCCAAAUCAAAGAUAGGAUACCUCCUUUCGGCCCCCUCUCCAACAGUAACCAUUCAGAGAACCUAAACACGCCUAUUUUAAAUGUUGUGACUGAGCAUCAUCAAGAACAAUUUGAUUUGGAACGUUUCUGGCGGAUUGAAUCAGUUGGUGUUCAGCCAAGCUCAUCAGAAGAAACGGUUGACUUUCUGAAGUACUAUCAAAACUCGUCUAUCAUGUUGGAGGAUGGCGGUACAGUGCAAAGCUACCCUGGCGACCAGAACAUCCCCCUCUACCAUCAAAUGCAGAAAUCACUAAGCAGAGAACCCGCUCCAUGGUCAGAAAACUAGCUGAAGAUCCUAAUAAAUUACGCAUGUACAAUGACAUCAUCCAAGAACAACAAUCUCGCGAUUUUAUCGAAAAGAGUGGACAAUCCAGAAACAACCAACGGAGUGUGUCAUUACAUACCUCAUCACGCUGUUCUCAAGGACUCUACCACAACUCCUCUACGCAUUGUGUACGACUGCAGCUUCAAACGAGGUGAACAACCCAGCUUGAAUGAUUGCUUACAGCCAGGUCCUCCACUUCUCAAUGAUCUUACUGGUAUACUUCUACGCCCGUCUCCACCAGUAUGCUAUAACUGCAGACAUUGAAAAGGCAUUUUUACAUGUAAACCUAGACCAAGCUGAUCGAGAUGCCACGCCGCUUCUACUGGCUAUCUAACACGGAUGACCCGGAGAGUGAAUUCAUUGUCUACCGAUUCAAGUCUGUCAUGUUUGGUGCCACAAGUUCCCCUUUCAUCUUAAAUGCCACUCUCAAUAAGCACCUCACACAGUCUACAGACCAAGUCAGCAUGGAUAUGUUAAGGAAUCUGUAUGUGGAUGAUCUCGCCUCGGAACAAACGAUGAUGAUUCAGCAGUCAACUAUUACCAAGAUGCCAGGAACAAAAUGUCACCGGUGGGCUUCAAUCUCAGGUCAUGGAGUUCAAACAGUCCUGGUGUUCAACAUAUUGCAGCCAAAAAUCAAAUCCUCGACACUAGUCCAACUAAAAAGUACUUGGCAUGGUAUGGGACAUAACUUCAGACACGCUCGAUUCUCAUGUAAACAGGCAACCUCUACCCCCCGUUGUCAACCAAGAGAGAGGUGUUACAAGAAACAGCAAAAGUCUUUGAUCCACUCGGCUUACUUCAACCAGUCACCGUUGCGGCUAAGAUUCUAAUACAAGAACUGUGGAAGGAAGGGAUUGAUUGGGACGAGCCCCUUCCACCUUCUCUUGAUCAAAAAUGGCGUGCUGUAGCAAAGGAGAUUGGAGAUGCAACCAAACUUGAGUUCCCACGUCGCUACUUCUCUUCUAAUGUCUCUGUCGAUAGCAGCGAUACAGAACUACAUGUUUUCGCUGAUGCAAGCCAGAAAGCCUAUGGAGCUGCUGCUUACUUAGUACGUGGAAACCAGUCAUCGUUAGCUAUGGCGAAGUCGCGUGUUGCUCCGACAAGGAAGAAACUCACCCUUCCAGAAUUGGAACUUAUGGCAACUCUAACAGCCGCACGUUUAGCUUCAUAUCUUCAAGAACAACUGCCAGUUACAAGAGUCACAUUGUGGUCUGACAGCCAAAUUGUUCUCCACUGGCUCAAAAGCACCAAGUUGUUGAAGCCAUUCGUCAACACUCGCAUCCAAGAAGUAAAGAAGCUGACAUCAACUUCAAACUGGAGGUACUGCCCUACAACUGAAAACCCCUCCGAUCUUCUCACAAGAGGGAUAACAGCACAUCAACUAGAGAUUUCCUUGCUGUGGAAACAUGGUCCCACAUGGUUACCAACCAGAUCCCAGUGGCCUUCAUGGCCUACGACAGAGGUUCUUCACUUAUCAGCAACUGAAACCUCUCCUGGUGGGUCUACCACAGACGGCACAGUCCCAGUUCAACAGCAAGGCCUUCAUCGCCUGAUCAAUCCAUCGGAUUUCAGCAGUUUACCAAAGCUUCUACGUGUUACAGCCUAUGUUUUCAGAUUUGUAAAACUUCUCCAGAAGAAACUUAGUCAACAAGGCCCAAUUACAGCCAUGGAAUAUGAUCAUGCCAUGACAGAAUGGGUGAAGACUCGUCAAUCUGUUGUCUUUCAUGCUGAAGUUAACAACCUCCUCUCGAAGUCGCGACACCGCAUAACUUUGGUACGUCAACCGCCUUUUCCUUGAUGAUGGUGGUCUUCUACGCUGUGGCGGAAGGAUACACAACGCACCCUUAAGUGGCAACACCAAGUUUCCUCUGCUACUUCCAAGCAAAGACCAUUUCACAGAUCUUGUAAUUCACUCCACCCAUGUCAAACAGCUUCAUGCAGGUGUCAACUCAACACUCACCGCCCUACGUCAAACUUAUUGGGUUCCUUCUGGCCGACAACGCGUCAAAACUUUAAUUGACAAAUGCGUAACCUGCAGAAAGGUCUCAGGAACAGCCUACAAUGCACCAGACCCACCACCCCUUCCCAAGUCAAGAAUACAACAAACACAACCCUUUGAAGUCACUGGGGUGGACUACACCGAGCUCUGUAUGUUCGAAAUGCUGGAAUCGAAACAAAGGUCUACAUAUGUCUGUUUACUUGUGCAACAACCAGGGCUAUUCAUCUUGAAGUUGUCGAAGACUUGACCGUUGAAGCCUUCUUACUAGCCUUUCGCAGAUUUGCAAGUCGGAAAUCUCUUCCAAGGAAACUAAUAUCUGACAAUGCCUCAACAUUUGUAUCAGCGAACAAUGAACUAAAGGAAUUGUUUCAAUCUCGUGCGCUCAAGGAAACACUAGCAAGGGAAGGCAUUGAAUGGCUAUUCAUCCCCAAGAAGGCGCCUUGGUACGGCGGGUUUUGGGAACGCCUCAUCGGUCUCACCAAAUCCACCAUCAAGAAGGUACUCGGCAGAGCUGCAGUCAACCUGUGCACUCUUCAGACAAUUGUUGUUGAAGUAGAGGCAAUUCUAAACGAUCGUCCCCAACCUACGUUUCCUCAGACAUUAAGGAUGAGGAAGCAUUAACCCCGCACAUCUACUUUAUGGCCGACCAAUUACGCCAUUACCACAUCCACCAGUAGAAAGUGACGCAGUGAGUGAUCCCACCUACCAAACAAGUACAGAUUUACUAAGAAGGGCAAAACGUGUCACCUUACUGAUCCAACACUUUUGGCAACGAUGGCGUCAUGAGUACCUUACCUCCCUCCGAGAGUUCCACAAAGGUUCAGGAAUCAACACAGAAUCCGUGAAGGCUGGUGAUGUAGUUCUAAUCCAUGAUGAUAGCCCUAGAGUAAACUGGAAACUAGCACUUGUCACAUCCAUUAACAGAGGUCGCGAUGGACUUGUGCGUUCCGCAAAUUUACGCACCGCCAAUGGAACAACAAACCGUCCCAUAACAAGAUUACACCCUCUAGAAGUUCACGCCAAGGAAGCACAGUGUUGCACAGAGGAUCAAGCAACCGCAGUAGAAACUCCAACCCCUGUGAGGAGACCACAAAGAGAUGCAGCACGACGAGCAAUAAGGAGAAUUGCAGAUUGGGCCAAGGACAUUCGCGCCCCCUCCCCCCCGGAGGAUGUGAAAUAGUUAAAUCGUGACAUUUGAACGUGUAUUUCGUUACCUUUCAUGUAAUUCGUUACCUGGUCAGCGGUCAUUUAUGUAAUGCUUACGUCACAAGAACAGAACCUUUUUCUGCCUCGCUCUCGUUACUUUAUGACCGCCAUGUUGUGUUAAUGUUGUCUGAAAUAUACAUGUAACUACAUUGAGUUCUCUGUCGUAUUUACUGCUUCCCCACAACACCUUUGAAUUAUCAUAAAAUGUUUGUCAUUUGAUGCAAAUUUUUCUUCCUUUUCAUCGGCCAAGAGCCCACCAUGUGACCUGCAAAUAACAGCCAACAUACAAAGGUCUGCCCGUGCGCGAUGUUGUCCAUCUGUGUUUGGCUGCAAGUGAUACUCUGCUCAACAUGUGUAAAUCAGAAACCAUGCUUUUCUCCUUCUUGGGAUCGUUCUUGUGUAAAAAUGGCAGAUCACUUAGAUUUUGAUUAAAACAAACUCAGGGAUCGAAUGAUAAAACAAUUAUUGAACUUGGUUAUUGCGCAAUUUCCUGAUGUGUCAGUAGUGAGCAGAUGAAUUUAUUCGGCUGAGGCAAAUAAUUGAUGUGCAAGACAAGUCUAAAACGUCUGAAAGAUUAUUUCUUGAGUACAAGAGAAUAAUGAAAUUUAAAGGUUGUCUCUGAAAGUUUUAGUGAUGUUAAGUGUGUCAAAUCCUUUUUGCCAGGCGUAACUUUAUUUCUGCUGGUGCAGCAGCGGGUGUGGCCUCAGCGUUUGGGGCUCCUGUUGGUGGUCUUCUCUUUUCUAUGGAAGAGGUGUCUUCUUUCUGGAACAUGAAAUUAUCCUGGCAAACAUUCUUUGCCUGCAUGGUGUCAACAUUCACUACAGUAAGUAUAAUAAAUUUACAAAAAUGUUAUUUUCUAUCAGACAUUAGAAGGCAGCAGGACACAUAGUUGCUUGUCAUCUUUGUUGGUUGGAGAAGUUGCAUAUAGCAAGCUUAGGUUUGCCGUAAAUGAUUUAAUAGACACCCGAGAAGCUCUCCUAAGGACUGUCUUGUAAGUGGACAGCUCUACUUACGGCAGCCUUCACAAAUCCCUGUCUCAAUUCCCAUACAAGCCUUUGGAGUAGGCAGGUCAUUUGUUGCAAUGAGUCUCGAUCUUGUUACAAACAUUUUCCUCAAACAUAUAUAGAAACUGUAGUAACAUGCCCUCUCGAGAUUUGUUUUUUAUUAUCAAAAAAUCAAAAUACUAUUCUUAGAAAGAUCUAAAUAUAGCCAAUAGAAAACGAAUGUAUUGAAAAAACAAGGUACACUGAGUAAAACAAACUAUAAAAAUUUGAUUUUCCCUAUGGAAAAUAUGUCCCCGUAGUACACGGCAUUAGUGUUUGGAGGUAGUGGUACUGGGUUUGAAACCUGCCAACAGCCAUAUUUUUUUACACAAAUUUUAUAGAUUCCUUUUUUUCUUCUUUUCUAUGGUUACUGGAGUAAAGACUAUUCAUCACCAGUAAGCUUGUGUCCUCUUGGAGGACUAUUUUUUGCUAUUUUUUGAGCAUUUGAGACAGUGUGUCAAUUACUAGAUAAUUUAUGGUAGUGUUCAUAAUUUUGUGCUCAAAGAUAGGGAGACACAGUGCGAAGCAAACUUUAUUAAGUAAAAACAAAAACUGCCUUUAAAUUGUUGGUCAUGACUCUGAAAGAGUGAGAUAUUAACUGAAAUGUCUUAUUUAAUUUUGCUUUUAUAUAGGAUUUGUUUAAUUCAGCUUUUGAUGGAUUCAAGUAUCAAGGAGACUUUGGAUUGUUCAAAGCUGAAAAGAACAUCUUAUUUCAGGCAAGUAUCUCCAUAAAGUAUUUUUUCAAACAUUUAAUAUGGCCAUAAUGUGUCUGUAUUUUAGUGUAUUGUAUUUUGAUGUACAAGUUCAAGCAGGAGCACAUUACUUUUUUCUUCUCUUUCAGUAUUUGAUUUAAUUUAAAGCUUGUUAGAAAAACUCCUUGAUUUCAAGUUAAUUUAAAUUCCAGGAUGUUCAUUGCUAGCAGGAUUUUUUAGUGCUAGUUCUUAUUUUUAAAAUAUGGAAGAUGCUUUAAAAUCCAAAAUUUGAAUAUGAAUCUUAGUCCCUUAAAUUCAAGCAAAAAAACCUCCCAUAAUAAGCCCCUUUAAAUGUAAGCCCUAAUAUAUUGGAUCUUGAAAAAUAUAAUCCCCGGCGCUUAUCUGCAGAAUUUCAUGUAUUCACAUAAAAAAAUUCAUCUUCUAGUUUGGCAGAGGCAAAUCUAAGAAACAGAAAAAAAACAAGGGCCAUGGCAAUUGAUGACAUGUCUUGUGUCUGCGUCUCAUACUGAGUUGGAAUUUACUGCAUGAUCUGCAUUUUCACCUGUUCACAGAGAACAACGUCAUCUGCUUGAUCUUGCUGCGUGAUCUGUAUUUUAAGGCCUGGUUCAGAUGCCGUACUUUUCAUGUGCUGAACCUAAUUGAAUAAGUUUGACUUUGGAGCGACACUGGUGUGACAUCUGAUUCAGGCAGCGCACCAUGUGUCAAGCCUAAGUUAAGUUCAACAAAAGUUCGAAAGACUCUGUCGAAUUUAACGCUUUUGCCGCACCAAACUAAAACUGCUGUACCAAAUUGACUCAGACACUGCUCUUUUGCCUUACUUAAUUCAUCAGUUAGGUUCGGCACAUGAGUGGAGUGGCAUCUGAACUGGGGCUAACAUAGCCUGCGUAGCAUGGCGGUUUUGGUUGGGUGAGGGCAGAGAAACCGCGAGGAGAUUGGGGCGGAAGCAACUUGAAAAACCGCCUGCACGGACGGGGGGCUUUUUUGAGUCGGUCCGCACGCCAGCGUACGGAUCGUUCCGAUUGGUUCGGAAUGUUCGCCUGUCAAUCAAAUAUUUUGGUAAUCUCCCAUGGGAGAGUUUCGAGGGACUGAACAAAUCAUCUCCGCAACACAAAAUCAAAAUAUCUAAGAAGCGUUGACCGGAGUGUCGUCGCUCUUGAAUAUUUGACGGGAAAACAGGGCAAUUGUAUUGAAGCCUAAACAGGAAAUGGCCCUCUACAGUCUUCUUCAAAGGAGAGAUGUCAUGGAAAUUUUGUCAACAAGAUUUGGCAAGAGCAUGAUCUUUACUGUCUUUGCUAUGGCCAAAGAAGAAAUAUCCUCAUCGAAAACCUGUAUGAUCACAAUUUGCCCUCUAAAAAGUAAUAUCGACGACCAGAUAUCUGAAAUGUUGUCGCUGAGCUGUAAAGCAAUGGACCUUAUGACAGAAACAGUAAAUUUCAGUGCUUCGAGAAAGUUCACCUCAAUUUUCUCUAUUACUCGGUGUUAGAGAAUAACGCACUCCAGCGCAAUACAUCGAACGGUGUCCGCGAUUGUGGUCGAUGAAUCGCAUACGGUAGAAGAAAGACGCACAGCGUAAUUCUCCAUACUUUUUUGCUUGGUGUAGCUUAAGUUUAAGCUACAGCUCAAAUCUGAAGAUCGCGCUAUACGUAAAAAUACAACAUCCUGCAAACAACUCUUAAAAAGCCGGGCCCAGCGUCAAAACAUUCACGGACAAAGCAGUGACAAAGAAACUACAAACCAAGGCUCCUUGGUUUGUAGUUGUCCAGAUCCAGGCAUUUUAGUCGGAAAAGACCAAAGAAACUAAAAUAUUUAUUUAGCCGUAAUAAAAAGCUUUAGGCUUUAAGAGUGGUCAAAGAAAUUACUACUUUACAACUGCAUCUGAGAUCAACAAAUUCUAAUUAGCGAAAAUAACAUUAACCACAGGAAAUAAUUACUCAAUACGGAUUAAACAAACCAACUCCAUGACCUCUAAAUAAAUGUAAGACUUAGUGCAGCAAAAAUAAGAUCUACUCAGUCAAGUCUAGAACGCAAUGCAGUCACCAAUGGGCGAGAUAGCCACAAAGAAAAAAUCCGUGUUUGUUCAAGCAAACUCCAAUUCCGGCCAAGGUCACGUUUUACACUAUAUCACGAGCUUUUGUGUCGUUUUUAGGCUGUCAACACUUUACUUCUGAUUGGCUGGGAAAACUGAAACCAAACAAGUUGUCAACAGGAUGUCAAAAUGAGUUGAAGGGGGCGGCAGUUGAAAAGGCCACGAAUCCGGGCAGGCGGUUUUUAUUUUUCUCGCGGCUUCGCCGCUCGUUCUCGCGCGCUUCGCGCGCGAAUUUCGCCGCUACGCCGCUCCUGCGCCCGGCUCGACAAAACCGCCAUGCUACGCAGGCUAUUUAUUUUUCUCGCGGCUUCGCCGCUCGUUCUCGCGCGCUUUGCGCGCGAAUUUCGCCGCUACGCCGCUCCUGCGCCCGGCUCGACAAAACCGCCAUGCUACGCAGGCUAGGGCUAACAAAUCCACAUCCCUCUAAUGGUCCCCAGCUUAGUACACCCCAAGCUGAUUUAUUUUGUUUCAUUGCAGAUUAGUCAUGGCAUUGGUUUAAAUAUUCUGGCAUUCAUACCUACAGUUAUUCUUGGCAUUAUUGGUGGACUGUUGGGUGCUGUGUUUACAUUUAUUAAUUUAAAGGUACAAUAUGUACGUAUGAUAAUGAAUGGAUAUGUUGUAGUUCAAUUUUAUCCUUGGUUUAAAUUUUGGCUUGUUUUGUUUUGGGUGAUGUAAGUAUGGGUAAUCAAAUGGUGAAAAAAGGCUCGGGAAAUUAUAAGGAUUUGGACAAAAAUUAGGGAAUAAUUAUUAUUCCCUAAUUUCACGAGUAUACCAUGUGAUUACCUAUUAAUAUCAUGGGUGACGAAUUACAUUAGCAAUCUUGGAUUUUUGACAUGUUUAUCCUGGAUCGUAUCGAUUGAGAACUCCACUCUCUCAAAUGUUUAGACCUUAAAUUUGGCUUAUAAAGUUCAGAAUUUUUCAGACAAUUUUGGCAAAAUACCUGUUAGAAUCCUUCUUGAUGUUCUCUUGUGUGUUCAGGUUUUCUAAAGCGUCUUUUUUUGCCCUGACAUCUUCAUUCAUGGCAUUUUAAAAACUCGUUGCAAUCUCGACACUGAGACGUACGGAAGGUUGCCAUGACAAUUUUGUAAUUUCACAUGUGAAAUUACAAAUUAAUGCUGAAAUUUCACGCCAAAAUUAGGGAGUAAUUCGUCACCUGUGAUAUUAUGUUUGAUAAUGACAUGAUAAUGAGUUUGAAAGAAAAGAAAAGAAAUUUUAUACCAAGGAUAAAAUUGAACCACAUCAUGUACCUGAUUGAAAAAAACAUUGUUGCUUUGAAAGUGUCAAUCAAGAAUGAUGACGCUUCAUGGUAUACAUUCAUUAGCACUUGGGAAAUAUAAAGUUCUUUCAACAAAAGUUUACGUUGUCGCGAGCUGCUUGAUUACUUUGUUAAGGCAUGCAGUUGUCUUUUUAUGUCUUCUAAGACAUCUUUUAGGUCCUAUUCCCUAUCUUAUGAUAAUAAUUUGAAGUUUACAGUGGUUGACAUUACCUUCAUUUUCAGUUGUUGGUUUUUAACAGUUCAGUUUGCCCACAUGACUUCAUUGUGUUGAUUGUUCUUGAAGAUUGCAAGGUUUAGACGAUCACAAAUUGGCAAAAUAAAAUCCAAGCAAUGGAAGAACAUAGCCAAGAUAUCUGAACCAGUUCUUAUAAUGGUAUGUGCUUGAUAUAAGUCCUGCAUUAAAAUAAUUUAUACUAAAAUAUAUAAACUUUUAAUCAGCAUUUCAAUCCAAAGAGUAUGCUGCGUCUCUUCUUUCUUUCUUGGUGUCACGCAUAGAGAAGAGUGGGAGGCAUCUGAAAAAAUCUCUUAGGUGCUACACUAAAUGCAUUGGAGAAUUUCUAAGUAUUCUCUCUAGUGAAAAUUGUGCAUUGUAUCAGCAUAGAAAAUGGUCUUUUUCAAGUUCAAAUAAGAAACCCAUUAUUGCAGGUUAGAAAAAUGGUUUUUGAGUUUUAUGUUUGUACUAGACAAUCUCCCAGUGUUAGCUGCAACUGCUGAUACUGUGGGCUCCACAGCUUUACGUGCAUUAAGCGUGGAUAAACUUAAGUAAUCCCAGAUUGUUUAUUGUGUUGUAGAUUAUAACCGGUACAGCCUCUGUAUUUUUGCCUGCUGCAUUCCCUUGCACCUCGUUUCAGUGCAGUUUUACAUCUGAAGGGUUCAGGUAAUGGUACUACCUUAAUUUUUCCACAUAGAUUCAGUGCAUUCUAGAUCUCAACAAUUUCAAUAAAAUUACUGGGAACAUACAUGUAACAGUUAUCUACGUCAAUUUUAAGGCUGUUUUUUUUUCUUUUGGCUUAAUUUUGUCUGGAUUUUUGCAUGUGACCUUAAAUCCAGACUGUCAAGAGACCAUCAGAUUGACAUUAUAGAUUGCUGCUUUAUAACGGAUUUCUCUGAAUUUCUAACACCCCAACCCUCGUUCUAACCAGCAAUUUGCCUUGGCGACCUGUUGAACUUAAUGAUUACCCUCAACAUAGGGGUCUGCAAACAUUCUACCAUAAAUUUUCUUGGAGGGACCUUUUUCAGAGAUUUUGGUCCCUAUUCUCUCUGCUUGUUCAUGAGCACCCAACGAGAAUAUAGUUCAAAACCACUUAACAUAGCAUAUGUUGAACGUAUUUUAGUAUUUAAAAGGUAGAUAUAGGCAUAUUUUUAUCCCCUAAAAAUUUUUCAUCUGUUCGGAUUUCCUAGCUGAAAGUCUAGUGAUCCGAAAAUUAUAGGGAUCAAAACUUACCUUUUCGAAAAUUUCAGCCAGGAAAAGGCUCCCGAAAAUUCUAGGUGGCCUUUUUUAGGGUAAAUAUCCGUUUAAAAUGGGUAAUUAUUCCAUUUUGUAGAUGUUCGAAACUCCUAGGAGAGGCAGGCAAGCAAGAAAUUUUACAGCAAAUGUUCCGAAAAUUCUAGUUCUCAAAUCGUCUUCCGAACAGAUAUUUUCCCGAAAAUUGCCGUUGGGUGUCCCUGCUUGUUUGUAAGAAAAGUGAGGCCAGAAAUUGGAGUGCAGAAGAAACAAAUGAAGUGCUUGGUUAAGGAAACAGAGAGAUAGCAGAGUCAGCGCCAGGCCUCUAUUGACUCUCUCUAUCUGUCACUGACUGAGGAAACAUCGUUCUCUAUAACUUUAUUGACAAGGCUGACAUUUCACAAUGCCACCACUGGUUUCCCCGUGAAAUGACGUCUGAGAAACAAGUUCAGAAAUUAGGGACUUUAAGAUCCAACGACGCGGACGAUAACGAGAACGUCAAAAAAACAAUUGGUUUAAUUAGCAAAACAACAACUUCUCACGUGCAUCACACUUUUUUGUACAUUUCUAUUCCGUUUUUGCACGACUACGACGUCAAAAUGCCUAAUUUAGCGUUUUGUGGAGGACGCAAACAAGCAACGACGAAAUUUUAUUUCUCUUUCUGAGCGUGAAUUUGGACCCUUGAAAUUCAGCUUUAGAAGGGUUCGCCUACAGUUGACAAAGUAAGUAGGUAGGAAUAAUUUUUAAGCGACGUUCUUGUCGCCGUCGCGUCGUUGGAUCUUAAAGUCCCUAUUGUAUACUGAUGACGCGUCACUACCCAGAUCUAAGUAGUGCUUCUGAUUGGCCAUGCCCGCAUGGGAAAUUUGCUUCAGCCAAUCAGAAGCUCUACCCAGAUCUCCAGUGUGGAAUAUCUGCACUGCUCUCUCAGAGGUCAUUUUGCGGGGAAACCAGUAGUGGUAUCGCGAAUGUCGGCUUUUUUUUCAGGCUAGUCACCAGGUUUAAAAUUCAUCUUCACAUUCAUAUCAUUGUGAACUUGCCACCUUAGUAAUAGAGCAUCUAGGCUAGAAACCAGGAGGUUAUCAAGGAUUCGACUCCAACUGGGAGAACUCAACUUCAACUUUAUUUUUUAAAAAUGGUAUUACAGUAGACUGGCCCGCAAAAUAGCAAUUGCUAAUCUAUGCGGCCCAGUUAAAAGGAAAAAUAUAAUGAAAGUAAAGGAAGGAAAAUAUUUUAAGUUACAAUAGUUCUCAUUUCUAUCAUAAUUUUAUUUUAAUUACCAUUACAUCUAAGGAAAAACGAAAAAGGAAUUGACAGAGAGCGAAAACCUUAUAAAUUUAACACAGAAAUUACUUAACUGUCAAUCCAACUUUUUAAAUUAUCAAUGGCGUCUCAAUAUAGUCCUUUUCUCUUUUUAAGAUAUCGUAAAGCAAUCCGUGAGGUACUUUCGCAAAUUCCUUUUUCGGAGCACUCUAAUACCACAAGGUAUCUCAUUCCAAAGUUUUACGCUAAAGCGAGACAAGGAGUUUUGUGUAACUUGGAUUUUCUUCUGAUUCGUCUGUGUCACUGAUUGAAAAAAGAUCACGCAUUUUCAAAUCCAUGAAUUAUCACCAUUGACCUUGGCUAAAUUAUCUAGGCAAAUGUGCAGCCUUUCAAGCCCUUUGCUAAUGCCCCAUCUCUUGUAAGUAAUAUUGUCUAAGGAAUGUGAUGUUCUAUCCUAGUGAAAAGUGUUUGACAAGCAGUCAGCAUCCUCUGCACACUGAGAGAGACGUCAACAAAUACACCUGUCCUGUAGGAAUCACAAGUGUCAUCAAUGGAACAGAGUUUACCAACUCUUCCUUUAACGAAGGUAACCGGGGGUGGGGGUGGGGGGGGGGGGGGGGACUGGGUGACGAAAAUGUAAAAGUAGAAAGUGAGGAGUGGGGUAGGGGUAAUAAAUUUGGUUAUGAGCGAAAACAUUUUGGACACAGUCUUUCAAAAUUAUAAAAAGAGGGUCGCAAUAGGAUCACAUGAACCCUUGACGUUCUCGUUGUUGUCGCGGCCAUCGUCGCUAUAGCUCCCUAUUUUAAAAAGUUAAAAGUUGUCUCUGAUAAAAAGGUUUAUGUGCAACGGGACCCUGCCUUAAAACACUUUACGUUAAAUGGACGUGCUGAGGUUCUGUUCAAAUCGUUUUGGGGGCAAAUAAGCGGUACAUUUGCGUUGAAGAAUCUAAAACAGGAAUCGGACUGAGAAAAAGACCACAUGCAAAAAGGAAGGGUAACUCAUUGAUGCCACUUUUCCAUUCCCCACUUCACUCCCCUAAUUACUAGUGGUAGCUCAUGGACGUCAAUCGUGGUUUCUAAUCAUUGUGGGAUGUAUUUCUUUUCUUUUUUUUUCCUUUAGUUGCCACGUUGCUAUUUGUAACUGGAGAAAAAGCCAUUCAUCACUUGUUUUCCAGGGAUACACCUUAUGAGCUGGGAUAUGCGUAUGUAGCAAUGAUAAUUUGUCUUAACGCAACCUUAGAGAAGACAAUUAUAAGUGGCCUCCAAACUCUCAAACUUGUAAGAUUUUGCAAAAAAUAAUUCUCCUAACGUUUAAGCGUUAUAGAGCAAUUAUCUCUCUAGCUAUAGCUGAACAUAAGCUCUUCUCUUUUACCUCAUUUUGUUGUUGUUUUUUUUUCGAAAACUCGAAAAGCUUUUGAAAAUAAUUUCUCCCGAAAUUAUAAGUAACUUCACAGCUGUUUUUCUCUUUUCAAGCAGUUAAACUACUAUCGUUGUGAAGUUCCCAAUAUUUCUCAAGAUUGAAUUUGGAAUGUGCUAUUGAACAUUUAGUACUAAGUGGUUUUCCUGAGGGUGGACUUUACUAUUGUGUCUGAUAAAAGGAAGACAAAUCUCAUAUUACUGUUUUUAAAAAUUCUGUAAAACAAAUGGCAUCAUGUUAAAGUACUGUUACUAGUAAAGAGGUUUCAUUUGCAUAGUCUCAGUCGACACCAUGCUUUUUUUGUCACUUACUGUUUGUAUGACUUAUCUUGAUCAUUAAUUCUGUGAUUGAAGUUUUUAAUAAUAAGCAAAUAUCGCGCCGAACGUUGUUAAUGGAUUUUGCCUCCUUUUUUCAGGUCGCUGUUUACAGUUUUAGUAAUCUACUUUCUGCUAGCGUGUUGGUCAGCUGGAACUGCUAUCUCUAGCGGUUUGGUCGUGCCUAUGUUGUAAGUACAAUUACUGUGCGUUCAGGAUGCAUGGGAAACCUGUUCUAAGAUCAGGAAGGGUAGCCUGAAGCCUACAUGCACGAUAAUUCAGUUUUUUAAAGAAAUUUGUGGCAUUUUCCCAAGUUUUCAAAAGUAAAAACUGGAACUACCUCUUGGUCACGUGUACUUUGCUUUGAAUUCUUAUUUAUGCCCCAUUCAUACCAUUAGACGCUUGUAAAAGUUGUUUUGUUCAACACGGUUGAAAUUGUUUCCUCCAUAAAAACUUCCUAAUGAUUUUUGUCAGUUACAAAUUUGGCACAAUUUAAAGGCUGGAAGGCAUAAAUCAAAACUGAACUUCAAAUCUAUGUAAAAGGCAGUCGUUAAGUUUUCUUUUCCUGAUGUUCAUUUGUAAAAACUGGUUUAACUAAACAUGCUUUGUUGGUGUGAGUAAGGCUUUAAUUACUAGCUGUGUUAUCUUACUAAUCAAGCCUUAGGCCAACUCGUGGAUUGCACGCUCUUAUUUCCCCGCGUUUGCAUUGAUCCGCAGCUAAAUGUACUUUCAUUUGAGUUCUGAUUGGUUACUGGGACCGUUUGCAGCUGUUGUUAUUGGUCAGGUUGUCUGUGAACUUGCUUUGAUUCUGCCCAGCUCAGUUCCGUAUUAGUAUUGUAGUACUCUAUCUUGUCACCAAUUCACGUAGGGAUCUAAUCUUUUUAGAUUUAUAGGUGGGACUUAUGGACGGAUUAUUGGAAGAGCUAUGGUUGACAUGUUCGGUUUUCACUCAACAGGUGUGUGGCCUUUAAACGAGCGUGCUUGUUCCCGCCUACUUGAGAAAACAAGAAAAGAUAUAGCCUGCGUAUAUAGUCGCCUCUCAUCGCGUUGCAGCGAUUUUUAACCCUUUAAACCGUACCACCAAAAUUUGAAUUCUCAUUUGUUGCCCCCAUUCAUUUCUUACAGAAGUGGUUGGGAGAAAUUGAUAAAAUAUCAAGCAAAUUCAUUUCGGGAUUUUUUUGGGUGGGAAAAUUUUGGCAAGUAUUUUAUUGGUAGCUUGAUUUAAGAAGAGGUUUUUUGGCUAUUCGAAACUAAUGUUUCCGUUUUUCGGGUUAUAUCAUGUAAUGCUUUCUGAAAAUCUUUACGGCUUGGAAAUUCGGCAGGGGAUUUUUUUGGUGUUAAAUUUUGCUCCAGGGAUUUCUUGGGGGUUUUAUUGGAAGCUUUAGGGAUUUUUUGGGUUGUCACCAAAAAUCCGGAUUACACCCCCUCCCCCUGGGGGUGUUGAUAAAUUGGAUAAGUUAAAUGAACAGAACUGCACGAGGGACUCUCGUAUGACGUACAAUGCAAAGCGAAUUUAUUACGAACUAAAACUAGAUAUUCUUCUCUUCACUCUGAUUGGUCAAUAAGACGAGCCUUUUUGACUCGUUAAGUCAUUUUUGAUUGGAAUUCGAGCAAAACUUGUUUUGAUCGUUUUAACUUUCAAAUGAUGGCGGAUGAAACUAUUCAUGAACGCGCUAGGGAAACAAAAAUCGUACUUUUGUAAAUUAACAUGACAUUCCAUUCGUUGCCUAUGACCUUCGGGACAGCAGUUUGCACUUACAAGAAGUCCCCUGUGCAACCCCUAAAGAAGCGGAUUUGAAAGUAAUCGUAUGUUCCGGCUGACUUUGUAUUUUUACGUCAGGUUACUGGGCGUGGAUGGAUCCAGGGGCCUUUGCGCUUAUCGGUGCGGCAUCAUUUUUUGGUGGAGUGUCAAGACUAACCAUGUCGUUAACAGUGAUUAUGGUAGGUUAAAAUAUCAACAAGGACGGUUUAAAAGAACUAGAACAGUCAAAAACAGAAAAGAAUCAGCUCUUAAUGGGCGAUUCGUUUUCUUUCAGUAUUAUUCAUUUAGUAUAUUUCUUCGUUUCUGAUUGGCUCAAAUCCCUCGGCUAAUUCUUCAUGACAAGUUGUCGUUGACCAAAUUUGGAAGAGUUUGUGAUAACCAGGAAAAUGACAUCAGCAGUACAGGAUAUGGGGACGAGGUUACGUUUGCUUAGGCUCAGUUCAAACGUCGAUCUUUUCAUGUAGCGAACCUAAUCCCUUCAAUUUAGAACAUGAGGAGAUCGACGUUUGAAUCAUAUCCGAUCUACGUUUGAAUCAUGUUCGACCUAUCAUGAAUUUCUUGUCGACCCAUCAAUUAAAAUCGAGUGGCCCACAUGGGAAUUUCGACUGUGGAGUGAUUUCGUUUCAAACGUCGAACUUCUCAUAUUCCGAACCUAAUGCGUAAAUUACUAAAAUUUGUUUUCACUAGUUAGCAGUUUAGACCAUUGUACAUCGUGGAAAUGAAUUGUUUCCGACCACUUAAGUUCGACGGUUGAUCAUGUGAGUCGACCUAAUUAGGUAUUAAGUUCGGUACAUGAAAAGAUCGACUUUUAAAGUAAUCCUUAGCUGCUUUGGUAGAGCUGGAGAAAAUGGCGGAAAUGUUGACACGUUUUUCGAACAACAAAAUAGCCAACCUGCGGCUAAAUAUUUUUAAACUUUCGUGACCAGUGCUAGGGCAUUUCAAAACUAAAUUUAGGGUUAUUUCGUGAAGCUACCAUCAAGCUACUAUUAGGAAUUGUAUUUCUUACAAAUUCAUUGGACUUUCAGAUGGAGAUCACAAAUGACAUCCAGUUCUUGUUACCGAUCAUGGUCGCCAUUAUGGUAGCGAAGUGGGUUGGUGACUUUGCCACUCAUCCUCUUUAUCAUGCAUUGCUGGAAUUGAAGUGCAUUCCCUUCCUUGAUUCGGAACCUGUUAUUCUUCACGAGGGAUCACAAGCGUAAGUCGCUAUAAUUCAUUAAUCAAACGUAAGUGCAGCACCUUAUAAGUCGCAUGGCUCUCAGAUUGUCCCCAUUCUCUUUCCUCUCACGCAUUGGUUGGUUUUCAGUAAAGUGAUGUUACACUGGACGAUUCGCAUCGACGAUUUUUAUCGCAACACAAGGUUGCAACAUUGUUGCGACAUUGUUUCGAAUAGUUAUAACAUUGUACCAAUAUUGCGACGCUGUGUUGCGUUAAAAAUCGUCUUUGCGAAUCGUCCCGUGUGUAGACUACGAGCAGUCUCUCUUUUUUCUUGGUCUGUCGAGCAAAACGCCCGAGACACGCAAAUAACCACGCGCGUGACUGAAGGCGCGAGACGGGAGAGGCUGCCGCCCUCGUUUCUCGCGUCUCGCGGCGUUGCCACUCAACGCUCGCGCGCGCCUGCAGUCCCCUUGCUAAAUCUGAAGAAAAAGAGAGGCUGCUCGCAGUCUAUCCCGUGUGAUAUCACCUUUAGGGAGCUUAAGGAAAGGCGUUUUAAAUAACGCACGUCCGUCCACCGGAAAUGGACUUUUUACAUUCAUGAGCAGCGGUUUUUCCCAAUACUUCGGACCAAUCGUUUCUAUAAGAGUGAAGAAACUUAGCAAGAUAAGUUGGGUAGCGUCAGGGCAUAUUGAGAGGGAAAAGGGCUCACAUUCGGUUGAUGUGCGUGGCACAGUCAACGCCUUUGCUUAAGGCUGCGUGCAAACGGACGCAGCAACUCCCAACAUUGUUGCGCAACAAUGUUGGGAGUUGUUGCGUGCGCGGUGUUGGCAGUGAUGUGCAAACGAAUGCAACAACUCCCAACAAUGUUGGGACCUGCAGUGCGUCGUGGGAAGGAUACAACCCAUAAGUCUUUGUUCCAUGCGUAAUUAGCAUGCGUGGCCCCAGCAAUGUUGGAAGAGCUGUGCAAACGGAUCCAACAUUGUUGCGCCACGCUUCGGCGAUCACGGAACAAAAGAAAUGUUGGGAGUUGUUGGCUGAAAAGUUUGACCGGUUUCAAACUCUGCGCAACAACACGCAACAACAACCAACAACAUGUAACAGGGUGUGCAAGCGGACGCAACAUGUAACAUCCAACAAUUUUGGGAGUUGUUGGCCAACAAUGUUGCGUCCGUUUGCACGCAGCCUAAGCUGCCUGUUGGUGAACUUUCACCUUCAAACGACACAUGAUCGUACCAAGCUCUCUCAGUAUUCUCAUGUGUUUUCCCGUGCGUAAUUAUGACGCGACGACAUUCAAUGCUUUAAAUUCUGAUUGAUUCCUCGAAUUUUCUGAGUUUGCUGUACAUGGCCGAAGUGGUGAAUUCAGUUUUAGAUUGGUUUUUAGAGAUUUGGUUUCAGUUUUAGACAUUCGGCGAGGUUUUAUAUUGACUAUGAAGGCAACAUUCAGAGAAAUACCACUUAUAAACGAGUCUCGUUCUCUCUAAUCCCUCAUUUCCGAGUUGCCUCAAGGCUCUGUUUCAAAGCGAAGCCUACUUCCAAGGCGUUAAUAUAAAAAUGAUUUUACAUUCCCAUGCAAAUAAAUCUCAUUUCACAAGAAAGGCAUUGCAAGUGAGAGUUUUUGGAACUCUUGUUAAAGUUUGUGAUUCAAGGAAAUUUCCGGGUUGCGAAUUCGAGUUGCAAAUUCAAGUUCAUAACGGCAAAUGAAUAUUAAUAAAUAUUGUCAUGCAGAGAGCGAGACAUAAACGUAAAAACCAAUACAAAGCAAGGCAUGAUCUACUCAUCAAUCACGUUUUUGUUUCCUUCUUCGCGCCGCUUUCCCUUUGUUAUUAUUAAAACGUGCUAACAGAAAAACUCCACCGACAUUUUUCUUGUAAGCAACUUUCUUUGCUCUUUUAGGAUUAAUUUGGAGUUGUUUAAAGCUGGAGAUGCCAUGUCGUCGCCGGCCAUUGUAAGUUUAACAGAAUUAACUCAUACUUUUUUCUUAUUGGAAACCGGAAAUUGCUGUAAAAACUUUUACAUAACUUCAUGCCUGAAAAAGGUUAAAAAUACAGUAAACACCCGCAUAUAAGAACAUAUGAUUUCGGGGUUCAGGCUGAUCUAGUUCUUAUUUAUCUGGUGCUUAGUGAGAAAUCAGCCUGAAGAUGUUCUUAAACUUUGUUUAUUAAAAAUAAUAAUAAUAAAUUCAGAUAAUUUAUUACAUGUAUUUGACAUUGAUAUCCUUCAGCUAGUUGCAGCAUAAUAUGAUCCUCUGGAGCAUAAAAUUCUAAAGACACGCGGGCAACUGAACGUGUUGUAGUUGUGUAAUUUUCUAGUAGCAACCAUUAUAGUUACAUUGCUUUCUUGUUCGAACACCCUCCCCCUCAUUGUAUAAGAACAUGUUUUAUUUGCUAGGCUGAACUAGUUCUUAUAUAUAUGGUGCUUUUUGGGCCAAAUUUCAGCCUAAUGUUCUUAAUACAUUUGUUCUUAUAUGCGGGUGUUUACUGUACUAGAAAGAUAUGCAGAAAUCCAACGGUCACGUGAGUUUUAAGACUUUCUUUGCAUAUUAUUUCCAAAAGUAAACAAAUCAUUAUACGUUUCUGGGAACCACCCCUAAGCCACCAUUAACACUUACUUCUCACUAAGGUCAAAAUGUUGGCUUUGAGGAGGGGUAGGUGGGGCAUUUUCCCAGGGCAUCCUGAAGUGAUGCACUGAUCAGCGACCAUCCCAGGGGCACAGGCGGGUAGGGUGCGGGUUUUGUUAACUGUUGUCGCCAGUUUUAGUCCGGGAUGGUCGGGAGUCAAUCACUUAAUUGCACUUUUCAUAGUGUUUAAGAAACUUGAGGAGACUUUUGGAACUAUAUACUUACACAGGGUCCUCUUCUUCGCUGCAUAUCUGAAGGAUUCAAUUCCUCACACGUUCAGGAACUAAUUCCUUGAAGUUUGCAUUUUCUUUCAGGUUGUUCACAAAAUCGAGUCAGUGUCUCGACUCACUCAGCUUUUGCAAGAUACCCCUCACGGUGGGUACCCUGUGGUGGUGAAAACUGACAGAGAGGAUGAGGUGUUCUCGGGUUUAAUAUCCCGGUAAGUAUUUCCCUAUCCAGUCCUCCUUCCCGGUAAUUUCCUCUAACCCCACCCCCCUGCCCAAAUUCUCCCUUCUCACUACUCCCUCCUCACUUGUGUUACGUACUAACAUCUCUCUUUCCGCGCGCGCUGCAUGUGAACUGUCCCCGGAGGACUAUAGCCUUGUCGUGAGCUGCUUUUUUUCCCUGUAACUAUGGGUGAGAGGAACUGAGUUUAAUGUACACAAAUUUGGGUAACCUAUGCUAGCGAAUAAUGCACUUACAGGCACAGCGCGUUACAUGUCUGGCAACGCAAAGAAGAGGUUUCACCUCCUUCCUUUGAGGGGUACACAUGUAUCUUGUUGGUCAAAAAUGAAAUUGAGGUUAAAAAAAAUUUGACCAGGUUGAUUUUCGUUAUUCUUUUUUUCUAACCCAAAUUAUUGCAAAUUAUGAAAGGGAGACAAAGGAAGCUGAUAAUUAAAUUACGACAAAAAAGUUAAUUCAAAUUUGAUUUUGACUUUAAACAUUUAUACUCUGUUAGUUAUUUAUGGUCGCUUUAUGCAUCACAAAAUUUAUUUCGUUUCUAAGGUGGAUUAAUAUUGCCAAUGUCCACUUCUGUUGUUGCCUUUUAGAAACGACAUCACGGUUCUCCUGUCUAGGGAAGAUAUAUUUUCCUCUCGAGAGAAUCUAUCUGUGUACGAAGAGGAGUUGGACGUAAACAGACUUGACUACUAUCAAGUGAGUACGGCUGUUAAAAAAUUUGUUGCUUUCGUUGUUUGAGGUGAAGAGUCGAAGUUUUUACGAAACUGUAGUCUGCACAGUGGAUGUCAUUAACGUUUUAGGGCCUGUUUUAAAGGAGGUGGGGGACCCCAGGUAGGUGAGGUUACCCGCUUAGGUGGGGUAACCCGCCUGUUCGUAUAAUCUCUCAUUGUAAUUUGAUCACGUUUACGUGAUAGGUGGGGUGACCAUAUGAAAGAUUGUACGGACCUUCAUGUAAACAGGCCCUUACACUAAAAUCCCAAACGUUGAUCCACCCUUUUUAGCGUGGGGUUUAUCUUUUUAAUCUGGAAUUAGGAAAAUCACACGGCAUCAGUUUAGUAAAAUUGGUGACUAAUGGAAGAGGUCUCCAUCUCUUUCUCUAAACGUCUGACACGAUUUCACCUGUGCAUGUGCAUCCAGGGUUAAAGUGCGAAAAAACGGGCACCAAAAACGUGCAACUUGUUUUGCAACAUUGCUGCAAAACGAAUUGAAAAGCGAUGUUGCGCGUUUUACCACCCACUAAUCAAACCUGUCUUGCAACAAUUCAAGUUGUUGCAGGUUAGGAAAAAAGUUGUUAAGGAAAGCAGAGAGUAGUAUACUUUUUGCAACAAAACCUUUAUAUGUUGCGCGUUUUACCGGCAAGGCAAACGUGUUUUGCAGCGAGUGACCCACGUCCUGUGUAUGGCCUAACUCCCGCGUAAUUUUGUCCAAUCAGUAGUCAGUAUUCACGCUAUUUGCGACAGCCUGAUUUGUUGCAAGACAGGUUUGAACUUGGGUGAUAAAACGCGCAACAUCGAGUUCAACACCUUCUGUAGUGAUGUUCCAUAACAAGUUGCCCGUUCUUGUUGCCCCUUUUACCGUAGCUUUAUUUACCUUGACAACUCAUAUGCUUUCUUCGCUGUGAACUCGGAAUUAUAGCUGAAUGGACUUGGAAAAACGUGACCUUGAGUGGAAUUCUGACGGAAGUUUUGUGUGAACUCCUGUUUAUUAGCUGCCUCCUUACGCUAUACAAGAGAGAAUGAUCUGAACGAAAAACAUUCCCGGAAAAAGAGAAAAAUGUCUUGCACAUUUGCAUAAACAAUUGAAGCCAGCCACUGUUAAAGGUUUCGUGUUUCGCGCGGGAUAACCUUUGCCUUUGGCUUUCACGGUGUGUCAGAAUUCAACGUUCGUUACUUUAAAUGGCUACCAGCCGUUAGAAAAUCUCAAUCUUUAAUCUCAUAGUGAAAUUCUGAGUCCAAUAUUGCAAUCCCUUUGUAAAUGAAAUUCAUUCCUAAAUUAUCAGCGGAACGUCCAGUUCAAAAACAUGUCAACAACAGGAGCCGAUUAGUAUCGGCUUCUAACGCUAAUUACUAUAAUGGCUGUCAAACUUCAAAUGUUUGGCGGCGAAACGUGUCACGUUCACGUGAAAGUAGACCACGCGGGUCACGGAAACAACAGACAAAAAUAACCUUCGCAGCACGCACUUUAAAUAGAUUUAAAAAAAUCAUUAUGGGGCACAGGGAUUCGCUCUCUUAGCUCAUUCUCUCUUUCUCUAUAUGAAAGUCUAUAGCGUUUAUUUCUUUGCACUUGGUGGUUUAGUGAUAAUAUGAGCGAAAUCCUAUUGAUUAAGUAUUGAUCUCUGCUUCUGCAUGGUUGUUAUUUAGUUACCUGUUAAAAAAGAAUUCUUACUUAUGAUAUGUAUGCUCUUGUACGCCAAACACUGAGGUUUCUCUUUUUUUUUUAGAUGCACCAAGGAUACCACAAGGAUGCUGAUCGAUUGAACUCUCAGUUAGAUCUUUAUGCAGAAAAUCCGCGUUACCAGAAUUUAUUCAUCGAUCUGGUAAGAAGCGAUACUGGAAAAAAAAAAAUACACAGUAUUUUCCCCAUGUAGCAAUAUCAAAAGUUGGGGAGGGGUGAGUUAGUGCCAGGUUUACACGUCUCUCAUAUUCAGGCCACACAGUAAAGUAAAGUUCAAGCUGGUCAAAACAAGAACGCUCUUAAGAGUGGCAAGUCCCGCUUGCUUGGACCUUAGAUACGAAAUGUGGAGGCGAUUAAUUCUACACGAAACAGGAUUUCCCCGCGUAAAGUUUUUCACUUCCUACUUCAUCGACGGUCGAGUAUUCUUCAGGUUAUUUGCUUUUUAUAUGGUAUUCGACGAUUUAUACGCGUGUAUAAAUACACGAAAAUCAAUUCGAGAGAAAUUACAUCAUUGCUAGAGAGCAAAAACGUGAUGAACAUGGCGCGUCAUUUCAAUCAUCCCCCAAAAUAAACCCCAUGCUCAUCACAAGACUCAUCUGCAUUCAACUAGUAUAUUUGUAAUAGUUGACGUGUAGAUGUUUGUCACGUUUCUGCUCUUUGGCAAUGAUGUAAUUUCUCUCGAAUCGAGACCCUUGAUUCUCGUGUAUUUACACACGCGGACUUAAUCAAAUGACCCUUCCACGGUUUUUUUCAACUUUUUACAUAGACCAGUUGGGGACGGAAAAGCCGUUGACACCACCCCGGAUAGAGCGUCUUAGAAUUAAUAAAAUUGCCAAAUUUGAAAGUGAUAGGUCUUAAAGGGACAGGUUCACAGUUCAGCGCAUGCUCAACCAUCAAAAUGCUGUUUUUCCGUCGGGACAUGCUGUAUCGUCGAUGCAAGCAAUAUGAUCAUGUCAUAACGUUGUCAAAGAACCAAUCUGCACACUCCCCUGGCAGUCACUUGCACUUGAUCAACUUAAAUAUUUACAAAUAGCUGUAAAUUAAUCAACCAUGGAAUAAAAUCUUCGGGUCAACAAUAAAUUCAACUUUGGUAGUGUUGGCAUAAUCCACUAAUUUUUUCUGCGAUUUUAGUACUCCUCCAUCCUACUUCAGGUUACUCUGAAAUACAAUUCUACUUUGAAAUACACUCUGAGAUUGCUGAGAUAGAUGUGAGUGGGAUUUUUAACCGAUAGAAUUAAUAAAUUGGAAAGAAGUAAUUUAAUUAAUGAGCAUACUCUUAACCGUGAACCUGUCCCUUUAAGUGAGCGUAUAUGUACGAAUAUUUAUUAAAAGACAAAGGAACAAAUUCUCCUGGGAGCUUCAUUGGGAAAAAAACUUAUAAGCUAUAGAGAGGUCUAUUAAGAGAUUCGAUUAAUCGACAAACAGAGAGCAGACCUGGUGCUGUAGAUGUCCGGUGUAAUUCCUUCACUGAUUCCUUUUUCAGAUUUGUAUAGGUAAUAGCAUGAUUUGUAGUGAUAUUUGGCAUAAAUAUCACUAGUGAUAUUUUCAAAUUGUUGUACGUAAAUUUGAGACAAUUUUGAAAUACCGCGAGCUGUAUUUAUGCCAAAUAUCACGUACAAAUUAUGCUAUAAUUUGUUUAUACUACUACCCGCGAAAGGUUUGUAAUUUUCACGUGUAGUUAAUUUUCACAUGUAGGUAUUUCAGAUUAAGCUGAAAUACUAAGCCAAUCAAAUUGCAGAAAUUUCUCACGUAGUAGUAUAAGAAUUGAAAUUGACCUGUAUGUAACUUCUUGUAUUGUUUGCAGUCACCUUACGUGAAUCAUUCCGCUCCCUCGGUACAAGAGACGUUCUCUCUUCACAGGACCUACAUCAUAUUCAGGACACUGGGUUUGAGGUAUGUCUGUCUACUGAGGAUACUAACACUGAUAAUGAGAUGAGCGAAUUUUAAGGACGAUACCUUCGGAUACAGAGCUAUUACCGUAUAUUUGUCAUCGUGGCCAGGAAAAUUGGUAUUGGUUUGGGGUUGGAGGCCGGGGCCGGACUGUCAAAAUAAUUAAGAUGACACCCAAACAAGGGAGGACCCAAGUUAUUUAACAGAUAUACCAAUGAUGGUAUAUUCACAAAGAUUUUGCUAAGUUAUUUCUAAAAACUGUUUUCUCCUUUAGUAACAAAUUUCGUUAAACAUAAACUAAAUUCUGUUAAUGACCACGCCUCUCGGCAAGAACACUGCGUGGGCUGAUAAGCUGUUGUUGACUAUCACUUGAGACAUAGACUGUUCACAGUCCUUUUUAAGAUCGUCGAGAUCGAACGCUUUGCGUUACGGGCGGCCAUCUUGGGUGAGUGUCAAAUAUACUUUGGGGGAGUGGGACCGCCACCCCUUUAAACCCCGACGCCCGCCCCCUUGGUACAUAUGAAACCAAGAUGGCUGUCGGACCGGUAGGCGCUCGUCUACUUGAGUCAGUGUAAACAGAGACGGGUUUGACCCACUUUUUCAACCUUUCUUUUUUACCAACAGGCAUUUAACAGUCGUUGACGAGAGAAACAGGUGUGUUAUAGUUUCUUUUAUGGCUUUCUUCCGUCAUGCUUGUUUGCUUUAAUGAAGACGUCGCUGCUCGCUCAUGAGAUCAAACUAACGUGACGAGAACAGCAGUAAUAGCGUCACUAGUAAACGAAGUUCUGCUCCUUAAGACUUCUUCGCGAAUCCUCUCUUGAACUCGCUCAGUUUGUCAAAGUAGGCGAAUUUCGCUGGAAUUGCAUAGUAAGGGAUCGUUCCAACUUCAAAAGGAAGAGUCCACCUCUCUUUAGUUUCUGAGCUUUUGUGAGAAUUGCUGUGUGUGAAAAAUACAUAAGUUCUUGAUUAAUAAUUCCUUUACUCCAGGGUCAGGGGAAUAAUAACCCGCAAAGAUCUCAUGGGAUUCCAAAUGGAGGAACGUAUCCACAAAUUCCUUCACUCGUCCCGGGACCAUGAAAUGCAGUCACCGAGUUCGUUACUAGGGCACCGGCCAAGCAUGGACGCUUAA